UCGAUCGCAAUCAAUCAUCACUGUUCACAAAAUACCUCUAGUUCAGAAACACCAGAUACGAUUCUACGGCACACAACUCUUUCCAACACGCAGAUUACCAGCCUAGUGACACGACUAAGGCAUGACUCAGGACGGAAAGAAAAGGAGGCGAUCUGUUGACGCUAACAAGUUGGAUGCCGAUAAGCAGGCCCAAAACAGAAACAGCGCAAAGAAAAAAGCCAAGAAAGAAAAGAAGAGCAAAAAGAACAAGAAAGACGAACACCACAACGAUUCGAGUGGUGGAAUCAACAAUGGUAAUGAUGAGGUCAAUUGUAAACAAUCUUCAUCUCUAAUGGAUUCAAUAUUCGGUGCCGGGAGUAACACUGGAAGUGGGUCUGUAAAUGCAGCGACGAAGACGAAAUCGUCGUCGUUGAUGGAUUCUAUUUUCAAUAGCGACAACAGCACCUUUGUGGCAAACAAAACCUCCUCAUCCACAGCUGCACUUUUCGAUAGCACGGCAACAGAAACUGCGCCAACCAAAAUAUACCACCAACCCUUCCCCCAACAACUGCCGGAACGAAAAACGACCCCAAAGACGGACAACAAUGCCAACAACGAAUGCGACGACGAUGCAGACCUUAUUCGCAAGACGCUACACAACCGGAAAAUCCGCUCGGAGCACCGCCCAUUGAUGAGAAAAGCCCUGGACUUUCCCGGCGUAUUUCACAACGAGGAGGCCGACGAAGGGAACGGAUUUUUCCUCCUGGACGACGAGAAUGAGAGGGCAAAGGAAACGGCCGAUGCCGUUCGCGACCACGGGCUGUGCAUCAUACGGAAGGCCAUCGAUCCAACCGACAGCUCCACCGACGGCGGCAGUCACCCACUCCGCGACGUAGUCUUGCCGGCAGCAAAAGCUCUCCAGAGAAAGCUCAACAAGGCCCUAAAAGCCCGCAACAUUCACCAUUCCUCUGAAACCUUCCGGUUUCGCGAGGCCGCCUCCAGGUGCAGGGGUCGAACAGACGUGGUAUUUGAUGAGUUCGAGAAAGAUGAAUCCAUGAUCGACAUCAGCCGACAGAUCUUGCGCAACAAGAAAGUGUACCCAGUCAUCAAGAAUCUACUGGGAGCAGCGAGUGGCAACGACGGUGACUCCGACGAAGACGUCAAGCUUGUUUACGCGGGGCUGAUUUUCAGUUAUCCCAACUCUUGCGAUCAACCUUGGCACCAGGAUGGGACUCCAUUAUUUCCGGAGUUGCCCCGGAACCAGUCUUCGCUGCUACAGGCGAGUCUGCCCCCCUACGCUUUGAAUGUGUUUUUGCCUCUGGAAGAUGAAGACGGGUCGAUCGAAAAAGGCCCUACGGAAUUUUUACCCAAUUCUCACAAGUGGGAAUCGCCCGAUGAAAGAUUGCGAAUGGCCAAUCUAUCAAGUGGUGAUGCCGUGGAGGAGAAUGUAGGCAAUGGCGAUGACGAUGACGAUGAAGGCUCAGAUAGGAGUGAUGAGGACGACGAGGGAAACAGCGAUGACGAAGCUAUCAUUGCACCGGUCUUGAAAUGCGGGGAUGCUCUCAUAUACGAUUACCGCGUGUGCCACCGGGGGACCGCAAACCUUUUCGGGAAAUUUCGAAGCAUGAUUGGUUCUGAAGCUACUUCGAAGAAGAAGAAGAAAAAGAAAAAGAAGAGAGAGCAAAACGAUGAGGACGAUGUUACCGGAACCCGCCGCAUUCUCUAUCUUAUGUACGCUCGACCAUGGUUUACAGAUCACGUCAACUUUGAUUACACAAAGAGUGCUGAAUCUCUGUUUGAUUACAACAAGGUUAUGAGUUAGCACGAUACAGCGAAGGCUGUCAAAGUCGAAGAAAUCAUGUACAUCACAUGAGAUACCCACCAGUAGCAAACAAAUAAGUGAAUCGUACAGGGACUUUUUCGUUAAAAUCCUGUAUCCUUUAUAUUCUUAGUUUGUUGGCAUGAUUUCAUGGUUGGCUUCAUUUGUCAUCUUAAAAAAUCCAUGGGAUUUCUGAGUUAACCCGAGGUAGGGCUGUAUAUCGACAGCACAGAAUUGAUCAGGGAAAUAUCUUCCUUCGCUAGAGGUCUGGUGUGAAGCUUCCCACUUAGUCUAGUCCUGAGAUAAUUCAUUACUGAUUUCAGCCUGCUCUUGCUAUCCUUGUCAAAAUAGGAAGUUUUCAACGCGUCUACACUUCCAGGUGCCUUCAAUAAGAUCAUAAGCGAUCUAACAAAAGGAAUCGAAAACGGUGGGCUUGCGAUUUCGAGCAAUCCACUUACAAAGUAACGGAUCAACGACGCAUCCAAACCAGACCGUCCGGGGUCUUUCAGCAAGGGCAUUAGUUGACUGAAGACAACAGGAGCUUCUCCUCUCGUGCACAAGAAUAGGAGAAGUCUUAGACUCUGCUCCUUUAAAGUAUUCAUUGUGUGGUACACAACUUCGGAAUUGGAAUGUUUUAAAAAUUGAAAGGCCACUUCAACAACAUCGUCUCGCGUGAAGGGAUGGUGCAUGUAUACAAUUCUGGCUAGAGUCAUGAUGCUGGGGGAAAUCGAUACAUAAGAAGCGGAGCUUACAAAUUCUCCUCCUCGCGUAAUUUCCCGUGCCCACAUUGCAACACCCUGAGCCACAGGUGCACAUUUCACAGCCAAAUUACAGAUUUGUUCACCGGGGCUCUCUACAGCUCCAUUGCCUUUGAUUGCAUCGGUUGUUACGAUAAAUGAAACCAUAUUUUCGAGCUGCUCGCAAAGUUUGCUUCCUUCAAACAACAUCUGUGUGAGGGCUUCCUCGUCACUCUCUGGCUCCAGAACAUUUGGAUCAAUUUUUUUGGCUUCCUCAAAAGACUGUUUCUCUGCUACUAGAACAGCAAUAGCUGUUAGCCGUCCACACUUUUGUCGGAGGGAAAUAGAACCUACCCGUUGUCCCGGUUUAUAUAGAUAUCCCAAUAGAGCUUCAAUGGCGAUCGGGUAACUAACUAAAAGAUUCCCAAUGAAAUUAGUCUCCUGACUAACCGAUUCAUUUGGUAACAUUCUGUCCAGGAGGGGUUCGUCUAAUUGAGUGCCAACGCAAUACUUUCUCAAAAACGUCAAUAACGCCGAUUCAAUCUGAUUCCGACGAUCGUCAUUGAUACCAUCAAUAAUAUUUGGAGUUUCAGUAAAAGUGGAAUCAAUAUUGCCCCUGUCCUUCUUGUCCGGGUGUAUGCGCCUUCGCUGCCUCUGAUGAAGAUCACUUAUCGUACAUGACACAUCUAGACGGCGUUUUCGAACAAGAGGAUUGGACCCUGUUGAUUUGGAUGGAUCUAUCAUGUCACCCUGCAAAACCUCAAGUAACC